GGUUUCUGAUUAUAUUUUUUUUUGGUACCAUAGGGGAUGAGUCAGCUGACAUUGAACGAAAGUGAUACUAAGAAAACCAGACCAAGAAAACGCGACAUUGGGAGGAUUUGCGUAAGAGGAUAUAACACUGACCUUCCACAUAAUGAUGUAGUAAACGCUUUGAGGAAACAUUUCUCUUCAUGUGGAGAGAUCACAGAUGUUUAUAUCUUCGAAAAGACUGAUGGUCUACACAGUUUUGGUUUUAUUUAUUUUCUGGGAGAGGGCGCAGUGGACAAGGCCUUGCAACUUAGUGGAAUUGACGUGGGAGGAUGGACCGUCAUUGCUGAGCCUUAUCCGUUUAUGGAAGAUGCAGGCUGCUACCCUGCUGUAAUUGUUCAAGGAUACGACACUCUUCUUGAUAACGCUGAUAUCGAGAAAAUGUUGUUCGAACAUUUCUCUUCGUGUGCAGAGGUUACUGAGAUCCGUGUUCACAAGAGGAGCAUUGGUGCAGCUGUUGUAGAGCUUUAUGGAGAAGAUGCUGAACAAAAGGUGAUGGAUCUUGAUGGGAGCAUCAUGGUAGGACGCAAAAUAAGUGUUAAGCUUUAUACUGCGCCGACUGUUUACAGUGUCCACCCUCGUCGUCGACGUAACCGUAAUUAUUAUCCAGUUGCAUAGUGUUUUGAUUCUUGAUUCCUGCUUCCUCUUAACCAAGCCUAGGAUGACUUCUCAAGAGUAGAAAAGCUCUCUGAUCUACUGUGAGAAGGCAAAGACAAGCUCCAUGUUGUUUGCAUCUUUCUGAAAUAAAUGCAACCUUUUACUCUAUUACUUUUAUAUGUUUUUUCUGGAUUUUAAAAUAAACUAUGAUCAUCAUCUGCUUUCAUUUGUAACUUUUUUAAGUAAUGUAUUUUAUGCUUCGAGCGCUUUAAACUAAAAGCUCAAUAAUCAAUUUAACAACAACUUUC